AUGUUAGGUCAUAGCUUUAAUGGUAGAGCUUAUUGCGAAGAUAAGAUUGUUAAUGUAAAAUAUGAAUUCGUAGAGUACACGGUGACAAGUUUGGAGUUAUUAGAGCUCCGGGUCCCGGCUCAUGUGCCUUUGGGUACACGGGCGUCACUAUCUUGUCGAUGGCAGCUUGGACCUAGCGACGUUCUGUACGCCGUUAAAUGGUAUAAAGAUGGAAAGGAAUUCUUCAGGCAUGUUCCCCGCGACGUAGAACCGAGAAGAAAAUUCUUACGUCCUGGAGUCGAUGUAGAGAAUUCGAGUCCGAAUGGCUCAAAUGUAACCCUAUCUCCUGCGGUAUUGGAAACUGGUGGGCGAUAUCGUUGCGAAGUGUCCGGCGAACGUCCACUAUUUCCUACCGUAUCUGACCAUGCCGAUAUGAUUAUAGUUGCUUUACCCGCAACUGGACCAAUUAUUACGGGCUCCAAACUAAGAUAUCAAAUAGGUGAUAGAGUCCAGGUUAAUUGCACUUCUGGAAGAUCUCGACCAGCUACCAGGCUGUCUUGGUACAUAAACGGCGAACCAGCCCCUCUCUCCUCGGUAUUAGCUCCAGAAAGUUACAAACAUGAUGACGGUCUAGAAACGACAAGCCUUGCUCUGGAUUUCAAAGUAAAACCUAAACAUUUUAGGAAAGGAGAUCUCAAGUUAAAGUGUCUUGCUACUAUUGCGACCGUAUAUUGGCGGAGUAACGAGGAAAGUGUUCAAGGAGAAAGAUUUAAGGGCUAUGCAAGAUCCAAAGAAUUGAUCGAAGGUGCCUCCAGAGCUGAUCGUGUACAGGCUGCAGGAAAAACAGGACCAUGUCAUUCCGUGCUAAACCUGUCAUCUUUGCUGUUGCUUUUGAUUAUAGUAUUACACACACCCUACCAAUAA